AUGUCCGAUGCUCGUACAACCCUAAUGGAAACGUGGUUCACUCCCGCUCUCGUGGCCGCCAUCGUCGCGGCCCGCCUCUUAUUCUCCUUGUAUUCGGCAUGGCGGCAUGCCCAGAGGGCUCGCAGCUUAAACUGCCAAGAAGCUCCGUUAUAUCCUUCUCGGGAUCCGUUCGGCGUCGCAACGCUGCUCGAAACAUUACGAGCCGAUCGAGACAAGUUUCUUCCCAAGCUAUCACAGAAACGUGUCGAUCUGAUUUCCAGCCAGCAAAACAGAUAUGUUUCCACCUUUCGCGUGCGCCAAGCUGGCCGAGAAAACUUCUUCACCGUCGAUCCCAAGAACAUCCAAGCCAUGUUGGCGACUCAAUUCAAUGACUUUUUCUUGGGCGAUAUGCGCCGCAACGCAGGGGCGCCUGUGAUAAGAAGUGGAAUUUUUGUCUCUGAUGGUGCGGAUUGGUCCCACUCAAGGUCCCUAAUACGACCUCAGUUUACGCGAACCCAAAUCAAUAACCUCGAGUUGGAAGAACGCCAUGUCCAGAAUGCCUUGAGAGCUAUGCCGACUCAAUCAAACGGAUGGACGUCUGAGGUCGACAUCCAGACCAUCCUCUUCCGCCUUACUCUUGACUCCGCCACUGAAUUUCUCUUCGGCAAAAGCUGCAAUAGCCAGCUAACCGCCUUGGAAAAAGAUGCCGGAGAGAUGUCGGAUAGCUUUCUUAACAGCUUUGACCGCUGUGCAUGGUACCUAGCUGCUAGACUCCGAUUUGAGCGUCUCUACUGGAUAGUCAACAACAAGGAGUUUAGAGAAUGCACCCGCGUAGUGCACGAGCUCGUGGACGGAUAUGUCCAUGCCGCCUUACAGAGGGCACAGCAAGCGGAAAAGCCUGCCGACCCAGAACGUGGAUCACAUUAUGUAUUUGUAGAUGCUCUUACCGCAACAACUCAGGACCCCAAUCAGCUACGAGACGAGUGUUUGAAUGUAUUGAUCGCAGGAUGUGACACAACUGCGUCUCUGCUCAGCUGGAAUAUCCUUCUUCUCGCUCGUCACCCCGACAUUUUCCAAAGACUCCGAAAGGAAAUCAUCGAACGCUUCGGUACCUACAGCGAGCCCCGCGAUAUCAACUUCUCCUCGCUAAAGUCAUGUCAGUACCUCCAACACUUCAUCAACGAGACCCUUCGUCUCCAUCCGGUGGUACCCUUUAAUCGCCGGUGCGCUAAUAAGGACACUACGCUACCUCGAGGGGGUGGCAAGGAUGGCAACUCGCCGGUCUAUCUCCAAAAGGGUCAACCAGUACUUUACAGCAGUUAUGUCCUGCAACGCCGGAAAGAUAUCUGGGGUGAAGAUGCGGAGGAGUUCAAUCCUGACCGGUGGUACGGCCGCAAGGCAAUCUGGGAGCAUAUCCCUUUCAGCGGCGGACCGAGAACCUGCAUCGGUCAGCAAUUCGCCAUUACCAAUACCAGCUUUGUGUUGGUGCGGCUAUUGCAGCGGUUUGAUUCUAUCGAAGAUGUCUACCCUGAGAGGGAGAUUCGGUACGGUGUCACUCUGACAAACUGUCCGGCUGAUCGGGUUACCGUAAGAAUGCACCAGGCCGAGCUAUAG